AUGUCUGUUCGAGCUCUGAAGACCACCACCCUCUCCACCGUGUCCUCCUCCAGGGGCCCCAGCCAGGGCUACAGCAGCCGCUCCUUCUCUGGCUACGGAGGUCACGGCGUGAGGAGUGCCAGGCAGAGCUACGCCGUCCGCAGCUCCUACGGGGGCGUGGGCAGCUGCGGUGCCGGCGUGAGCGCUGGGGGGUUUAAGGUGACGGGCGGCUUUGCAGCCGGAGGAUCAGGGCAAAGAGGAGGCGGACUGGAGUUUGGCUAUGUGGGCUUCGGAGGGGGCACGGCCAAUGACAUGGUGGCCCCCAUCACUGCGGUGACUGUGAACAAGAGCCUGCUGGCUCCCUUGAACCUGGAGAUUGACCCCAACAUCCAGGAGAUCCGGAUCCAGGAGAAGGAGCAGAUCAAGACCCUGAACAACCGCUUUGCCACCUUCAUCGACAAGGUACGCUUCCUCGAGCAGCAGAACAAAAUGCUGGAGACCAAAUGGAAGCUCCUGCAGGAGCAGACCACAUCCCAUUCCAACAUGGAGGUCAUGUUCGAGGCCUACAUCGCCAGGCUCCGCACGCAGCUGGACAACCUGGGCCAUGAGAAGGUCAGACUGGAGUCCGACCUGUCCCACAUAACAGGCAUGGUGGAGGACUUCAAAACCAAAUACGAAGAGGAGAUCAACAAGCGCAAUGAGUGUGAGAACAACUUCGUCCUCUUAAAGAAGGACACAGAUGCAGCUUACAUGGUCAAAGUGGAGUUGGAAGCCAAACUGGACGCUCUCUCUGAUGAGAUUGAGUUCCUGAGACAGCUCUACGAUGCAGAAAUCCAGGAGCUUCAGAACCAGAUCAGAGACGUAUCCGUCGUGGUGGAGAUGGACAACAGUCGUAUUCUCGACAUGGACGCCAUCAUUGCAGAAGUGCGCGCUCAAUAUGAAGACAUAGCCAACAGGAGCCGAGCCGAGGCGGAGUCCUGGUACCAGACCAAGUAUGCAGAGAUGCAACAGUCGGCAGGAAGAUAUGGAGACGACCUGAAGUCUACCAAAGCUGAGAUUGCCGACAUGAAACGCAUGAUAAUGCGUCUGCAGUCUGAAAUCGAUAUGGUUAAAGCUCAGCGAAGCAGCCUAGAAACCCAGAUUACGGAGGCUGAGGAGCGCGGUGAACUGGCAGUGAAGGACGCCAAGCUCCGCAUCAGAGACCUAGAGGAAGCUCUUCAGAGAGCCAAGCAGGAUAUGGCCCUUCAGGUCCGUCAGUACCAGGAGCUCAUGAAUGUGAAGCUGGCUUUGGAUAUCGAAAUCGCCACUUAUAAGAAACUGCUGGAAGGAGAGGAGAUCAGGUUAGCCACAGGAAUCAAGACCCACGUGACAAAGCAGACGUCUUUGAACUACAACGCCUACAACCUGGAGAGCUCUCGCCUUCCCUCUUGCGUCAGCUCUUCUCUUGAAGGCAUCAAGUCCAGUGUUGGUUCAGUCUCUGCUUUGGAAGGAACAGAGGUUAAAAGUACCACGGUAACCAAAACCGAAACGGUGGUGAUCAGGACCGAGGACAAGAAGAAAGAGGAGGAGACGGAGGACGAGCAGAAAACCGGAGCUGAGGAGUCAGAAGCUGUGGAGAAGAAGGAGCAGGAGGAGGCUCAAGCUGUGGCCGAGGAGUGAUCUUUAAUCAAUUCUUCAUGUCUCGGCACUGGUUUGAUGUUCAUGCAGCGGUGCUUUGAUCCAAGUUUAGUUUCCCUUUCAAUGGAAAAUGUGAACAGAUCCCUGCACCGCACCACACUGACCAGCAGAUGGUAUCCUUGUAAAUCCCACGUGGAAAAUGAGAAGAUAAUGAACACUCAUGAUGUGUCCAUUUUGGAGGAAAAAACCUGCAAAAUGAAUUAAAAAAAACAGUAACAAUGAUAAUGAA